UGGUACUCAGUAGGGAGUCAUAUUCUCAGUCACUCGGUUCUUUUUCAGUUUAUCAUUCAAAAAUGGCCUUGGUGCCCGGUUUCGUGGGAACAGCAGCAGCUCGCUCUCCUCAGCUUCUCCUCCUCCCUUUCUCUCAUAUCUCUUCCUCUUCCCAUCUUCCAAAUCUCCAUUACUUCCAUCCAUCACUCCGCUCCUCUCUUUCUCCCUUUCCCAACAAGCCUAUAAAAAGCUCUAAGAUUAAUGGAGUUUCAUGGGAAGGACGAGGAGAAGAAGGAGAAGGUGAAGAUAUAGAAGGAGUGUUCAGUGUGGACAGUGAUGUGGAGGAAGGAGAGAGUGGAGAGGAGGAUGAGGAAAGCGGGUUGGAUCUUCUGUUCCAGUUCCUUCAAAGCUUGUUCCGCAGGGUCUCGAGACGGGCAACAAAGGCUGCUCGUGCAGUCCUUCCUCCCGUGAUUUCACCACAGCUGGUAUCUUUCUCUGUAGAUGGCAUUCUGCUUCUGACGUUGGUCUCUCUUGUUAAAGCAUUUCUCGAGGUCCUCCAUUGCAAGGGAAAUUUGAAUGCUUUUGAAGUUAACUCAUUGGAGCUCAAAAGAUUGCAAGUUUGGUGUUUAUGAGAGCAAACUAUCAUUUCCAAAAGCAAUAUGAUGAAGAAAGAGGAGUAAUUCAAAGCCAACAAGUCCUUAUAAAAGCAACCGGCAUUUGUAGGAGUUCAUAGUAAUAAAACGAGUGGGUGUGGUAAGGGUUCAGAAGUUGAAGUUGAUAUUGAGUUGGAUGCAUCAGAAUUUACUCUUGAGGGAUUAACUUAAUCUUGCAACUGUAAGUUGUACUAAUGAUGAGGAUCAAGCAUUCCGCACUUAUUUUAGGUGGAGGCAUCAUAAUUUAAGAGUUGUAGAAUUUUGAAUAUUUGAGAGAUUUUAUCUCAUUUCUAUAUUGAGAGAAAAUCUUGUUUCUAUUUUAGAGAGAUUUUAUCUUGUCCAUCUUAGGAAUUGUAGGAUUUUGAAUAUUUAAGAGAUUUUAUCUCGUUUCUAUAUUGAAAGAAAAUCUUGUUUCCAUUUUAGAGAGAUUUUAUCUCGUUUCUAUUUUAUUUGAGAGAUUUUAUCUCGUUUUCAUAUCGAGAGAAAAUCUUGUUUCCAUCUUAGAGAGAUUUUAUCUUAUUUCCAUCUUGUUUGAGAGAUUUUAUCUUGUUUUCAUAUCGAGAGAUAUGAUUUUCACUUUUAUUAAGAUGUGAUUUCAUUUCUAUCUUAUUUGAGGGUCUAUUUAAAGACUUCUAUUGUAUUGAAGGAAAAAACUUGGAAUGACAACUUGAAAACUCUAAAGUGGGCUGUUUUUCUUCCUCUUGAUUUCUUUAUUCUUCUUUCAUUUUAUUUUUUAUUUCUAUUUGCCAUCUUGAUUCU